AUGUCCAAAUCGUCCGCUCUGUCACUCGGACCCGAAUGGUACGUAUCCAGCCAAUGCUGUUUGGCUCCGCUGGUGGCCAGAUCAUCCUCAGGGGGAGGUCUGCCUCCGGCGGCUGGGGCUCCGCCCCAGACCCUGGUUGCUCCUGCUUCGCAGGAGUUGGUGGGGUUUGUCGACGGAAUCGACUCGAGCGAAGCGAGAGGAGCCGGGGGGUCUGGGGCACAGCCCCAGCCGCCGGAGGCACGCCUGUUCGUGGAACUAACGGGGAUCAGGACUCGUCUGAAGUCGGGGUCUUCUAAGGUCCUGAAGGACGAUAAAACCGCUAAUGGGAAUAAUAACUCGCCGAAUGGGCCUGAAAAAGUCAAGCUUCCAUGGUCGGGAAUCGCCGCUGGUGCGGCCAGUAGUGCUAAUAGCAUCGCAAGUGGUAGUAGUAACAGCAGCAAUGGAGGAGGUGUGGCUGCUGCUGGACCAGGGUUAGCAGGUGCCAGCUCGGCGAGUGGCCCAUCGUUUGCUGCUGCCGCGUCUGCUCUGAAAAGAAAGACUUCUGGGACUAAUGUCAGCCCCUCGGUAACUUCUUCUGCUGGUUCUGCUACUGCUUCUGGUUCUGCUGGUGCUGCUUCUGGUGCUGGAGCUGGAAGGAAUUCAGGUGCCAGUGGCAUUUCAGAUAUCAACAACAGUGCUGCUGGUGGCGGUGUAUUCGCUAUUAGUGCUGCUGCUGGUGGGUCUGGCCUGUUUGGAAUGCGGAAAUCCAGUUCUGGUGACGACUCGGAUGCUACGAGUCAGUCCAGUUUAUCUGGAAAAAGAGUCGGUUCGACUUCUACUACUACUGCUACUACUACUAAUACUCAUGCGAAUAGUGGACUCAGUACUGGAAAUAUCAGUUCACCAGUAACAGGACUUGGUGCCAUCACCGGGUCUGGGUUAGCUGGUUCUGUUCCAUACAAGGUUGGUGGUACUAGAGUCGCUGUUUCGUUAGAAGAUUCGGUUCAAGGUGUUACAGCAGGUGCUAGUGACUCUGCUGCUGGAGCUGCUGGAGCUUCUGGAUCUGGUAGCAGCUCGAAUGGUCCCAAAUCAGAGCCAGUGGUGCUACGUGCGAAUGCUGGUGCGAAAAAAUACUCGUCGAAAGAGAUGCUAGCCAUCUGGGACAGGAUCAAGAACUCGAAAGAGUUUCGAGAAUCAAAACGGAUCGCUGUGACUGAAUUGACUGAAAACUCGGAUCCAGCAUCUGCUCCUGCUUCUGGCUCUGGCUCUGCUAAUACUAUCACUACUAAUACCAGUUUCAACACUAAUAUUGGCAAUAAUGGUCAACAGCGAGGCUAUCAUAAUCGAUAUCAUCAUGGAAAUAAUAACACUAAUAAUAACAACAACAAUGGUGGUGGAGUUGGCGGAGGAUCUAAACUGUUUACUCCAUUUGGUCGAUACAAAAACCCCAAUGAUUUGUACUAUUCCAAUAUGACUAAUAUGCCGGUGAACUAUGAUACUCCUCCCAAGCAGCGGCCUUAUCGCGAUGGCGACGACAGAAACGCUCAUGUUCACGGUUCAUCUCAUGGUACUGGUCAUGGAAGUUCUCAGGGUUCUGGUACUGGUACUGGUACUGGUACUACUGUAGAUGAUAUCGGUCGUAAAUCUGGUGGAGUCAGCUUAACAUCUGUUACUGGUGCUGGUGGUGCUGCUACUACUGAGACUGGACUCAGAUCUGGUGGUACUGGUAACGGCAGCAGACUCAUGGAUACUAUCAAUAGUGCUAGUUCGAAAGUUGCUGACGACGCUUUCUUCAGUUCUCUUGUAUCCUCUGGUGCUCGAUCCGAUUCCGGUGGACAAGUGGCUCAGAACCAGCCUCAAGCACCAGCUCCAACCACCUCUAUUGCAUCAAAUAUCCUCCCUGCUUCAAUUGCCAGUGACAGCUGGAGUCCUUUUGGAAACUUUUCCAUCACUCCUUCAUCCGCUCGCAAUGACCUGUCGAGUCAUCCUUCUGAUACCGCUUUAAGUCGUAUUGGAAGUGGUACUAAUCUUCUGGGAAUUUCGAAACCAGGAUCCACUCCUACUGCCAGUGCUGUUGCUGGCGGGAGUACUGCCUCGGACUUUUUCAGUUCUCCUAUUAAGCGUGUUGGUACUCCGUUAUCCAAUGCUGCUAUGGCUGCCACCCCACCUCCUGGCAUCCCAUCUCCUCAACCUAAUCCUCCUCUUAUUUUGCCUGAAAACGUUCAGUGGGUAUAUAAAGACCCAUCUGGAGUUGAGCAGGGUCCAUUUUCUGGAAAGUUGAUGCACGAUUGGUAUACUGGAAACUGGUUGAAAGAAGAUUUAUUGAUUAAACGAAUUGGUGAGACUGAUUAUAUCACUCUUCACGAUUUCAAGCUCAAGAUUGGCAACUUCACUGAACCUUUUAGAGUACCUUUACCUCCUGUUCUUCCUCCAUCAUUACCACCUCCAUUUGGCCAACAACAGCAACAACCUUCACCUUUUGGUCAUGGAAUCCCUUAUUUUGACGAUCUUCAAAGAGAUGUAUUCCGUCAACAUCACCAUCAAGCUCAACAACCUCUUCAACUUCCUAACCAACACCAACAAUUUGGCGGUGCUGCUCCUGUAAUCCCUAGUGCCUGGGGUGCUUCUGGUUCUCCAGUCGUCUCACCUGGUCCUAUGUCUCCUAUUUCUCCUUGGGGACAACCUAUUCAACCAGUUCACCAACCAGCCACUCAUUCUCAGUCAAAUUUCUUCCAAGAUCAACCUCUUCACUCACAAUUGGCUCCUGUUUUGUCUCAUUCAUCUCAAGACACCUCUGCAGCUGCUGCUACUGCUGCUAGUGUAGCUAACAGUGCAGUGGGAAGUCCUGUCCAGGAGCCUUCAUCUGGUCCACUUGGUCAAUCUCUUUGGAAGGGUCUUGAUUCUGUUCAGAGAGAUCUCAGUUCUUCAGGUUCUGUUGCUGAUAUUAUCAAUAACGCUGAAAAUCUUUCACUGAACGACGAUAUUAAGGCUCAAACUCAGGCUGAACCUGUUUCUGAAGAGACCUCGACCGGUGCUUCUUCUACUAAAUCAGAAGACAAUAGUGAAUCCAAGCGAGAGCUCACUAAAGCUGAGAUCAAGAAAGCCAAGAAGAAAGCUAAAGCCGAGUUACAAUCUGCUGCCGCUGCUGCAGUUGCUGCUGCUGCUGCUGAAAGGGCUGAAAAGGCCAACAAUAAGCAAGAACAUUCUGAACCCACUGCUUCUACUGAUGAUGAUUCUGCUGACCAAACCACUAAAACUGCAACUUCCAGUGUUGAGUCCACUCCUGUAACUUCUGGAUCCAACUCAACCCAUGCUGCUACUUCUACUGUAGCCUCUACUGGUAGCACUGGUCAUGGACACACCCUCACUUUGUCAACUACUACAUCUCCUACCGCUACUGCAGCCCCUGCUCUAGCACCUUGGGCCAAGAAAGACACUAAACCCAAGGCACUUUCCUUGAAGGAGAUCCAAGAAUUAGAAGCCAGUGAGCGUGCCAAACAGACUGCUAAACAACAAGAACUUGUCCAACAACAGCUUUUGGCUGCCAGACUUGCUGGUGGUGUCUCAUCAUCUUCUACCUCAGGCCCUAUAUUGCCAUCUGGGGCUAAAUGGGCCAGUUCCAUGAACUCUGCUGCUUCUCCUAAGAAGACCCUGGCUGAGAUUCAAAGAGAAGAGGAGUUAGCUGCUGCUGCUGCCGCCAAAAAGAAGGCUCAGGCUCUUGCUCAAGCACAAGCACAAACCAUUUCUUCGCCCAUUGCCGGAACCACUGCUUCUACUGGAGUUCCUACCGGAGCCUCUGGUGCUACACCUACUAUUUCUCCCAUUGCAGCAUCGCUUCCAUUUGGGAAAAAGUAUGCUGAAAUCGUGACUCCCGGUGCUCCUUCUUCUGUUAGACCUGGUGUCUCUUCUGCUACUAGUUCGAGUUUGGCCACUGGUCUGUCGUCAACUGGAGCUCCUGCCUGGACCACUGUUGGACCCGGUGGAAGAAAAGUCUCAUCCCCAGCCACUACCGGUGUUGCUGCUUCUAUUGCUGCUGGAGGAUCUUCUCCUCUUAAGCGAGCCAUCUCCUCCACGACCUUGCGACCCGCUGCUGCUCCUGUUCCUACUGCCCCCAGAGUUCUAACUGCCUCUGACGAGUUCCUCCAAUGGUGUAAAGGAGCACUCCAAGAUCUCAACGCCGGAAUCAACCAAACCGAGCUUCUUUCGAUUCUCCUGUCUCUUCCAGCGACACCCGACUCGAAAGAGAUCAUUGCCGAGACCAUCUACUCCAACUCGUCCACCAUGGACGGCCGCCGUUUCGCCGACGAGUUCCUCAAAAAGCGCAAUGUCGCCGACAAAGAGAAAUCCGGCGAAACCUGGAGCGACGUCCUCCAACGCAACGCGACCGCACCACCCAAACCCGUCGAAAACGACGGCUGGAACCCGGCGUUCAAGGUCGUCAAAAAGAAAAACAAACGCGCCGACCAGUUCUAA